AUAAUUAAAUAAAAAAGCAUUAACUGAAUUUUAGUUUUAUGAAACAAAAUAGAAUCAAUUAUUUAAAAUCAUAACAAUAAAAAAUAAAGAUAGGAUAAUGCUUUACGUUUAUUAGCAGUAAACAAUAAAUGGCUUAUAUAUUCUAGGUUUAAAUAUUUUCACCAAACGAAAGAACUGGCAGUAAACGAAUUAUUUUAUCUUCAUGGAAUAUUAUCAACCCUUCACAUGGAUACUAAUCAUACAACUAAUUCAACUAUGAAUCUUCCAACUUUAGUUAUAUUAAUUAAAAAUAUUUGUAUACCUUUCUAUUUAUUAAUAUUAAUAUUUGGUUUAUUUGGUAAUGGUUUAACUGUAGUUAUAUUACAAUCAAAACGUUUACAACAAUCUAGUACAUUAAUAUAUUUAACUGUAUUAGCUAUUGUUGAUAUAUUUUAUUUACUUACUGGUUUAUUAGUUACUAUCAUUAAUUAUACAUUUUUAUUUCCAAGUGAUAUUAGGCAUUAUUCAUUGAUUUCAUGUAUUUUAACACCAUAUUUAAGUUAUACAUUAGCUUAUUUAAGUGUAUGGUUAUUAGUAUCAGUAACUGUAGAUAGAGCUAUAUGGGUUGUACAACCAUUUAAUGCUAAACGUGUAUGUACAACACGUAAUGCAUGGUUAACUAUUUUCAGUAUAACCAUUAUAUUAUUUGUAUUUGAUUCACAUUUCUUUUGGACAAUGAAUUAUAAUAUUGAUACAAUGAAUUCUACAAUAAAUACUACUUAUUAUAAAUGUACACCGAGUUAUUUUACACAAACUAUAUUUCCAUAUAUUGAUCUAUUAUUAGUAUGUGUAAUUCCAUGUUUAUUUAUGCUAAUAGCUAAUGGAUUAAUUGGAAUACAAUUAAAACGAAUGAGUGAUUUUAAUAAAAAACGACAAAAGAAUCGUUUAUUUUUAAAUCAUGCUUCAAUGCAGCAACAACAGCAACAACAACAGCAACCAACACAAGGAUCAUUAAAAUGUGCAUGCGCUUUGACAACAGGCAAAUUAACAAAUGACACUCGUUUAAAUGAUGAUAUGUCAACAAAUAUCAGUGGUAUACAAUAUCCUAGAAAACGAUGUAAAUCAAAUGCAUUAAAACAUUGUGUAAAGAAUUCUAUUAAAGGUCGUUCAAAUAUGAAUAGAUCUUCAUCAUUGACAGCAAUGUUAUUAGCAAUUAAUAUGUUUUUUAUGAUAAGUGUAUGUCCACUUCUUGUUUAUGAUGUAAUAUAUUUUGCAUUUAAUUUAAAUACAUGGAUUGAAAAAGAUGAAUUGAUUAGAGGUGUAUUAGUUUUUGGUAUUGAACGAUUUGUUUAUGUUUUAUGGUAUACGAAUUUUGCUGUACACUUUUUAUUAUAUUGUUUAAGUGGUCCACAAUUUAGAGCACAAGCAAAACAUUGGUUACAAUCAUGUUAUCAUUUUAUAAAUUUACCAUGUUUAAUUCAUGAUAAACCAACAAUCAAAUUACCGGAUACAACAAAAAUUCAUGAAUUUCAUGAUUCCAUUACACAGAAACCUAUUUCACAACAAAAUCUAAAUUAUUCUCCAUCAUUUAAACAAUCAUAUGAUGAUACCAUACAACAUAAUCCAUAUCAUCAUCAUCAUUAUCCACAACAAAGUCAUCAAUAUUCUUUUGUACAAAUUAAUGAAGAAAAUUAUCAAACAUUUAAAUAUAAUUCCAUUCAAACUGGUUGUAUUUGACAAUGACAAUGGAGAUCUUUCAAAAAAAAUCUUUCUUUUUUGUUGUUUAAAAUGAUUGAAAAUAUUUUGAUUAUUUUUGAUUAAAUUAAAAAUUGAAUCAUCCGGAUUGAUAAGAUACAAUAGUUAUUAUCAGAGAUAUUCAAUCAAUCAAUUAAUUAAUUAAUUUAACCACAUAUAUCUAUGACCAAAAUGGGAAAAACAAUAAAUACAUAGCAACAACAACAACAACAACAACAAUGGAAGAGCAGAGAAUAACAAUGUUAUCAUAAAUCAAUGUGGAAAGAAAAUAUAUUUGUCGUAAAUAAAUGAAUACUGUUUAUGAUUGAGAUGAUUAAGUAAGAGAUGAAGUACACUUUUUCUUUUCUGUCAUACAUACAACCACUUUUGUUGUAAAAAAAUAAAAUAAAAUUUAAUACUGUACAUAAUUAUGUAUACUACUGAAAUAAUGUUUUGCUGUUAAUUUGAUUGUUGCAAAACAUAAUGUGAUAUUGCUGGA